GAGACAGAAGAAAGGAAAGAGAGAGGGAGAGAAAAGACACAUAUAUACACUUAUAAUAGAGGAAAAAGAUGAUAGGGGAACAUGCGAUUAAUAAUACCGGAAAUGUUAUUAUUUUCUUUUCUUUUACCAAGGAUAAUCCGUUUAAUUGUGAUGUAUCUUCUUUCAAAUAGACAUGCCGUAAGCUGUUUAUACUUAACGAACUUACGUAGAAAAUUUCUAGAAGAUAAACGUGUACACAGAACACACGAACGCAAUGCCAACGCGCACGCAGUUACGUUUACGAGAGAUACCCGCGACUUUUUGCUCGAACCACCCGAUCAACCUCUGUUGUCUCCUCUUGAGAAUUCGAGUCCUCGAUCAGCUGAUCGCCGUACGAUCUCUCUUCGCGGUCAGUUCGAGCCACGACUUCGACUGUUUCCGUACUGUUGCUUCGUGCUUCGGACCAUUCUCGCUUUUGUUUUUCCUCGAUAGUCUUACACAGUGAUACAUUCUUCUUUUUUUAUAUACAUAAAAUCACGUUAUUCCUCUAUCUUCUAUUCAUCAUAGACGUCGUCUUUGUCAAAAUCAGUUUUGGUUGGCUGCUACCCGCCGAAUUUGUACACAGAAAAAUAACAAUCGCAAGCAUGGACAACAGCGCCACGUCGUUAAUAACCCGCGUACUUCUCACUGGUCCACCCGGUAUAGGAAAGACGACGAUAUGUAUGAAUGUUGCUUCUAUAUUGGAAAAACAAAAUCGUACAUUCAAUGGCUUUUAUACGGAAGAAGUACGAGGGGAAAAUGGUAGUAGAAUAGGUUUUGAUAUUGUUCUAAUGAAGAAUAAAGAGAAGAGGAUACCUUUAGCACGUACAGAAAAUAGAUUAAGUCAGCAGCAAUUUUCCAAAUAUCGAGUGGGAAACUAUCAUGUCUUCGUUAAUAAUUUUGAAAAUUCUGUUUUGCCGGUGAUAAAAACUGAUAUGGAUAUAUUAGUGAUCGAUGAAAUUGGAAAAAUGGAAUUAUAUAGUAAGAAGUUUUAUGAUGAAGUGUUUAAUAUAUUUUUUGGUUCGUUAAAUAAGAAAACUUAUAUCGUUGCAACUAUACCACAAAUCCAUAAAGUACCACAACGUUUUCUGACCCUAUUUCAAAAACUACAUGAAGAUAAUAGAUCCAAGAUUAUAAAUGUUAAUCGUCAAAAUCGAAAUAAUCUACCCAAUGAAAUAGUUUCUAUCAUAUCGUAAAUAUCUGUUUAAAAAAAAAAAAAAACACAUAUUUUAUGUACAUUAUAAACAUCAUUUAUUAUUAACAAAACAAAAUAUUAGGUUAAAUAAAUUCUACCAAUCACAAUAAAUUUGUAAAAAAGUAGUCACAAAUAAUGUGACAAAAAGUGAUUGAUCAUAGGUCAUGCCAAAUCGCAUAUGUAUUAAUUUUUUUUUGUUUUUUUUUUUUGUUUUUUCUGAUAAUAUUCAUUGUUUCAUAAAAGAAACCACCAUUAUCCAGUAAAGAAUAAAUUAAUGAACUAAUAAAUAAGAAGAAUCCUGUCUUUAGAAUUUAGCUUUUUACAUAUAAAUAUUUUAAUAUAAUCUUUUUUUUUAUCCAAAAUUUUUUUAGACCAUAUUUUUCAUUUGUGCGCAAAUAUAUUUCUCUUUAAUGAAUAAGGUGGUUCCAUCAAGGGUACAAAAUAGAAAUAUUCCUUCUGCGUCUUCUUGCUUUAAGCAAACAAAAAUUGCUGAUGCAUAAUGAGGCGUUGAUCUUAUCAUGGACAAGAAAACAUGAUAAAUAUGUUUGCAAGUUGAUUAAACAAGCAAACUUCUUUCAGUUUUGUACCCACCAAUAAUAUGCAUUCUUUACAUAUACUAUGAUACAGAAAAUUAUCUAGCUCCUAAAAAGAAUACAAUAGUUAUUGUUGCAGAGAAGUAUAAGUUGCUCUUAUCUUCUUUUCGGUAUCAAAUAUAUUAUACACACUUUGAUUGGGCUACUCGUACUCAGUUAUCAUUAUUUAUUUAUUUUUCAAUAAUAUACCUAAGUUGUUCCACUAGCACAUGAAUUUUAGUAACGAGUUAGCAUAUAUCAUUGGCCUUACAUUUGGAUGAGGCUAAAAAAAAAACACACACACACACAUGAAAGAAUUUUUAAAAAGUCUUGUUUUAGUAUCAUCUUUAUAAAAAUAAAAGAAAUAAAAGAAAAUGAAAGAAAAAUAAAAUAAAAUAAAAUAAAAUAAAUAAAUAAUUAAUAAUAAAAUAAAAUGAAAGAGAUAUAUACCACUGCUUCGUAUGAGGUGAAGUAUGGUUUCAUGUCUUUUCCAUUAAGCGUGAUGAAGGCACCUUGAUUACCCAUAGUGUCACUAAAAAUUCAUAAUGAAAAUUAAUAAUAUUGCAGAAGAAUGUGGUUCACAUAAUAUAAAUUCAUUUGAUUUACCAAUAAUUAGGAGCAGAAAAUACAGUAAUGCAUUUUCCAUCGUGUCCAACUUCAUAACCUUCAUUCUUAACUUCAUGACUUCUUACAACAUAAUCAAGAUUAUUUAAGGCAAGGAAAUUUUGUGUUACAUCAGGACCAAAUUGUACACCCACACCUCUCUUACUAGGUGCCCUACCCAUUUGCGGUUGUGGAUCAGACCACAAUAAUUCACACAUUAAACCUUCAUCCGGUGGUUGUCUGUUUCUAUCAAUUUGUUGGAUUUCUUCUAGAGUUACAUUAUCCCUUGAAAACAGCCCACCAUGCAUUACCUUAAGAAAUAUAUAUUUAAUCAUGUGUAUGUGUGUAGAAUAAUAGAUAUAAUAUAAAAUAUAAAAUAAAAUAAAAAAAUAUAAUAAGAUUAUUAUAGAUUAGUAUUAAUCUAAACUUACAAGUACUCUUUUAUUAAGACAAUGUGCUAAAGGAAGCCAAUUGUAUACUUCUGUAAACAGAUCUGCCAUCAGAUCAGAGUAUUUUGCUUUAACUUCCCCAUCAAAUCCAUACAUUUGAUUCAUAGUAGCAGAUUCAUGAUUACCUAACAAAUCAAACCCAAUACAAUUUGAUAGUUUUAGCUUAUUGUAGAAUAAAUGAUCUAUUACAUACCUCUUGACAUAAAAAAAUGAUUGGGAUAUAAUAAUUUAAAACCAAAUAAUGUAAAUAUACAUUCUACAGAAAAAGAACCUCUGUCUACAAAAUCUCCAUUGAAUAACUGCAUAGUAUUAAGGAAAUACAUUUUGUUAAUGACAAACAUAAUAUUUCUAAAUACAUAAUGUUAUAAAAAAAAACACAAAGCAUGAUAUAAAAAAUAUAAAAGUAUUGGUCUUAAAAGGAUACAUAGGGAUUAGUUUCUGAUGGUAGUCCAUUUAAUUCAAAUAUGUUUAACAGAUCAUAAUACUGUCCAUGUAUGUCACCACAAAUUGUAAAUUUACUAUCUUCAGGUAUGGUAAUAUCAACCAAGCUUGGUUGUGCCAUAAACCAUGCUUUAACAUCUAAUAAAAUUUGAUAGGCAUAUUUGCGAUGCAAUUUAUUUUGUUUCUUAUACCAAUCUAAUAAAUCCUGCAUGAAUUUUAAUGUUACUUUGCCAUCUUCUAAUUUUGGCCCUGCAUAUUCAUCUUCAAUAGCUAGAA